AUGGCUUCUGCAUCGAGAGGCCGGCUGUUAGAGCUUGCUAAGCUCCAAUGCUCGAUCUUCUCCACGACUUUCAACCCGAACCGACAACGACUUGGUAACAAAAUACUGCGCCAAAGAUUAAGAGGCCCGACGCUUGCCGCAUAUUAUCCACGAAGAUCAACCACGGUAGAAGACGUGAUUCAGGAAUUCAAGAAAUUCGAUCUUGCCGGGUUCAAUGAGGAUGAAGAGACACGGCUGGAAAGCAUACAGAUUGCCAAACUAAGAGGCAAAGGUGCUCCUAAGAAGAAGAGAACGCCCUCAGACACUAAAAAGAAGGGCAAGCGAUAG